UCUCCUCUAAUUAUGCUUCUAUGUCUUCUUUAAAUAAAAUUUAUUGUUUCUUUUCUCUGAGCUUCUAUGUUAAGAACCUUCAUUGGGACAUUAUAUUUCCCAGAUAGCUCAUGCUCAUGCUCAAGCUCAACUUGCUUUCUAAUAGCUAUCUCGAUGCAGUUAAAACACAGCAAGAGAACAUCAUGACUUCUAUGAGAUUUGCACUUCUCUAGGAAAAGAUUCUGAACAUUCAGGAAUGGUUUGAUAACUUACAUAAUUCUUAAUACUUCAAGUUUAUCAUCUAUAAUAACUCACUCAAGGAGAUAAUCAAAAUCAAAUGAUUUACAGAUGAGUGAAGCACAUCCUCUUGGAAUUCUUUUCCAAGCAAAGAAAAAGCAAUUAAUUCCUAACAAACCCUUCCAGAACCAUAUCUUUCCUCCUUAAAAACUCAUUAACCAAUAACUCCUCCAACCCUGCUUAUUUCCUCACU